AUGCUGAACACAGGAAACUCAAAUCAUAUAAUAUAUAUGAUUGAUAUAACUAAACUGAAAGAAGAUAUCCGCAAUUCUCAACUAUAUCAAGACCCGCCUAAUGAUUUGAACAUGCUGCUCGACUGUUAUAACACGACUUUAAGAUCUGUACAGCCCCCGAAAUUAUUCCGACCCCGAAAUGAUCCCCAACCCUGAAAUGAUCCCCAAAUCGACCCCGAAAUGAUACCGACCCCGAAAUGAUCUCCAUUUCUCUUCACGUCGACCCCGAAAUGAUCCUCAAUUAGUUCUUGGAAUAGAACUUGUAUUUCGUCUCGGAAUUAUUACAAAUCUGUUGCAGCGUUUACGUUCUUAAAUCGCGUUUAACAUUUCGCUACAAAUUGAAAACGUUACAGUCAAGAACAGUAUUUUUCCUUGUUCCCUUCCCAUGAGACCCUAAUCCCCAAUCUUCUCUUGUUCCAAGAAACACUUAAAUAGCGACUGGGUACGAGUCUGAGUCAAGAAGACUUUAGCAGCGACUGACCAAACAAAGUGAAAUAGAGUUCAGUUGCGAUAUUUCGACUGGCCAGUACCAGUCUUCAUCAGGUUUAUUGAGAUAUCACGAAUUCACAGAAAUAUAUAUGAAGUAAAAUUAUGACCGGAAAUUACAUAAUAUGACGUGGUAUGGUGGCUACUUUAAAAGACAAGAUAACAAAAAAGUAAGAGAUAUACUAUAUAUGUAGUUACAGUUCAUCACGUUUAUUGAUGCCCAGAGGUUCAAUUAUCUUAGCUUUAUGGAUAAGGUGGGCUUCACGUGCUUUCCUGAAAGAAUCACGCCCAUUUUUAAGUUUUUCAAUGGGAAUCAAAAGCAUAUGAUUGUCGGAAUGAUUACUGGUUAGAAAGUGUUCUGAAAUUGCAGUAUGGAUGUAAUUACCAGUAGGGUUGAGUAUAGGUCAUCUGUGUUCAUUAAAACGGUCUUUGAGGCGACGUUUAGUUUCUCCAAUAUAUUGUAGAUUACACAGGCGACAUUGAAUCAAAUAGAUAACAUUAAAAGUUGCACAAGUGAUAUGAGAUUUGAUGUGGUGGGUCACACCUGUAGAAUGAAAAGUGUAAUCGCGGCUGCGACAAAACCUUUCUUAAGAUCCAAAUACAACGAGCUUCCGACAUUCUUUGCACUGAAGCACUUACAAACAAACCCAAGACUUAGACUGAAACCUGCUAAAGUCUUCUUGACUGUAACGUUUUCAAUUUGAUUUAUUUUGACUGAAAACGAUCUUUUUGGAUCCGACUUUGAGCAAGAUUGAUCGUACUCGGUAUUUGCAGUGGGUUUUUUUUCCUUAAUUAAACAUUUCGCUACAGUUUAUGUGUUUUUUUGGCGCUUCUGUCAUCUAAUCGCCUUUAUGUAUACUUUUGCAUAUUCAAGAUCAUUUUAAGAUUUUAAAAAGUGUUAAAACACCAUUUUUAAAAUUCAAUAUCCAAGGCAUGCAGUUUUAACAUCAUUUUUAGAAUUUAACAUCUAUGCAGUUUUCUCUUUUACCCGGGCUAUAAUCACCUAAGUAAUAAUUUUGAAAAAUGUUAUGUUUCUUGAUAUUAUCAGUUGCAGUUCAUGGUGUUCCUAAAAAUAUACUAGACUUUGUGUAUUUUUUGAUAAUAAUACUCGUUUAAUCCAGUUCAAAGUGUAAUCCCAAAUUAAUGUCAUGUGGGCAAGUGAAGAUUAUUAUAGUGAAGCUUUAUAAUGCACCUAUCAAUGUAAAUCCCGUGGAGGGGGAGUGUGGGCAAGGGGCGGGGAUUUGGUUCCUCAGACUUUCCCCCCUGUCGGGCUUUUGAUCGUGCGAAGCGACCCCGGGGUCGGGACAUUUGACUUUGACCGACAGAAGCCUGGUACCAAUUCAGAAGUGGUUACCCAGUCUGUCCCUCGAGGCUUUCUGAAAGUCACGCUUUUGCAGAAAGGUGUGAAGUUUUCAUUUGUUUUAAUCGCCAUAAUCCGAUACCUUAAACUGUCAUCUAAACAGAUAAUGUCUAUUUGGAGAAAGUUUUUAUCUUCAAGUUCCCAUCUGAUUGUAAAACUCGAUUGAAAUCGAAUUCCACCAUGAAAUUCAGAGGAUUUUUUACAGGUCACUGAUCCGACCUGUUCCGACAUGUUGAGCAGAUGUUAUAAAGCAUUGUACGUUUCAUUAAUACCGUAAAAUUCCGAAAAGAAGCCCCUCCAUGUAUAAGCCCCUCCAAAUAUAAGUCCCCCAAAAUCGUAAUGUAAAAAGCCCUCCGUUAAAUCGCCCCUCCGAAUAUAAGCCCCGCGGGGGGCUUGUACUUGGAAUUUGCCCUCGAAUACAAAGUAAAACAAAGCAAAAAUGGUAAAUUUCCUUUCCACUACAAGCUAGCCCAACCGAUUUUAUAACGCAAAUUUUCCUCCGUACAUAAGCCCCUCCGAAUAUAGGCCCCUCCAAAAAUAAGCCCCUCAAAAAGGGCCUUUGAAAAAUAUAAGCCCCGGGGCUUAUUUUCGGAAUUUUACGGUAUUAUAAUAGCACGGUCAAUCUUCCUGGAGGGAUUUUGUUGUUCAAAGUAAGAGAUGCUAGUGGAGAGAGAAAAUACUUAAUUACAGCGAGUAAUUUAACGGAGCUUAUGUUAACCUUUUAUUAAAUAAAAGUAGUAAGAACGUACUUUUGAAAUGUUCUUUUAUUUGUUUUUAAAGUAUUAUAGCAUUGUUUGUUUAGAUUUUUUCCCCCGAGGUGGGGGCUUUUUUGACACUUUUGAUUGACCUUUCGUUUCCCACCCUGGGGAAUUUGGGAGAAAUGAGGAUCAUUUCAUAAACGCGAUUUAAGAACGUAAACGCUGCAACAGAUUUGUAAUAAUUCCGAGACGAAAUACAAGUUCCAUUCCAAGAAUUAAUUGGGGAUCAUUUCGGGGUCGACGUGAAGAGAAAUUGGGAUCAUUUCGGGGUCGAUUUGGGGAUCAUUUCAUGGUUGGGGAUCAUUUCGGGGUCGAGAUCAUUUCGGGGGCUCUACAGAUCACUAUUAGAUGAUCACGCGCCAGUUUGUUCUCGUCAUGUCUCCACUCGAUCCAGGCCCCCAUGGUUCAAUGAAGACAUAAUUCAGGCUCGUAGGGACAGGAGGAAGGCCGAGAGAAGAUGGAUAGCAAGUGGUCUCCAAGCAGAUCUUGUAGUAUUUAAAGCUAAGCGAAAUUAUGUCAUACAUUUGAUGAAUGAAGCUAGAUGUACUUAUUACAAGGAAUUCAUUGACGAGAACAGUUCGGACCAAUCAAAGCUGUUCCGGGCUAGUAAGAGCCUACUAAAUCUGCAAGAGGACAAGUCUCUCCAACCUCACACUGACGCCUCUGUUCUUGCAAAUGAGAUGGGUGAAUACUUCAUCCAUAAAAUAGUGGCUAUUAGAUCAAAGCUAGCUGGUAAAACGGUCUCUCCUGCGGUUACUGAGCGGGCGCCUCACGGUUCAUCGAGUAGUGAUGACCUUGUCACGCUAUCAGAGUUUCAGCCUCUCUCCGAAGAGGCUGUAAGGAAGAUGGCUGUGGCUUCUAUGAAGACAUGUACUCUGGACCCUCUUCCAUCAUCCAUCUUGUUGGUUUGCAUAGAGGAGUUACUUCUAGUGAUUAGUAGGAUGGUGAACGUAUCACUAGAGCAUGGUUACUUUGCAGAUGACUGGAAAAGGGCAGUAGUACAUCCUCUGCCCAAAAAAUCUGGUCUUCAAUUGAUAAACAAGAACUUUCGGCUUGUGAGUAAUUUACAGUUCACGUCCAACCUCACAGAGACAGCGGUUGCAGUACAAUUACAGGAGCACAUGCUAGUCAAUGGCUUGUUUCCAGAAUUGCAAAGUGCUUACCGCCAACAUCAUAGCACUGACACCGCACUACCGACAAGGUGA